GGUAUUUCCAGCUUUGUGACUUUCACUUCCACAUCUCCUCGGUGGGCGGGGUGGUCUCCUGUGGACGAAUCAGAUUCCUCCCCAGGACCAACUUCAAGAGGCGAGCUGGGGGUUCGGUCCCAGACACGCAGCUAGCAGCAGCAGGAGCCAGGCAGCACAGAGGCAGAGCCAUGGACGACCAGCGCGACCUUAUCUCCAACCAUGAGCAGGUGCCCAUUCUGGGCCAGCGCCCCAGAGAAGCGGAGAGCAAGUGCGGCCGCGGAGCCCUGUACACGGGCUUUUCCGUCCUGGUGGCUCUGCUCCUGGCUGGCCAGGCCACCACUGCCUACUUCCUGUACCAGCAGCAGGGCCAGCUGCACAAGCUGACGGUCACCUCCCAGAACCUGCAGCUGGAGAACCUGCGCAUGAAGCUGCCCAAGCCCGCCAAGCCUCUGAGCAAGAUGCGGAUGGCCACCCCACUGCUGAUGAGAGCGCUGCCCAUGGAUGGCCUGCCCCAGGGGCCCGUGCAGAAUGCCACCAAGUACGGGAACAUGACUCAGGACCACGUGAUGCACCUGCUCCUGAAGGCUGACCCCUUGAAGGUGUACCCACAGCUGAAGGGAAGCUUCCCAGAGAACCUGAAGCACCUGAAGAGCACCAUGGAAACCAUGGACUGGAAGGUCUUCGAGAGCUGGAUGCACCAGUGGCUCCUGUUUGAAAUGAGCAAGAACUCCAUGGAGGAGAAGCCCACUGAGCCGCCGACAAAAGCACUGACCAAGUGCCAGGAGGAGGUCAGCCGCAUCCCCGCCGUCCACCCGGGCACGUUCAGGCCCAAGUGUGAUGAGAACGGCAACUACAUGCCGCUCCAGUGCCACGGGAGCAUCGGCUACUGCUGGUGCGUCUUCCCCAACGGCACCGAGGUCCCCCACACCAGGAGCCGCGGGCACCACAACUGCAGUG